ACUAUUCUAUCAUUACUAACACUUAUUCCUGCCGAUUUCAAUGCCGUAUGUUGGUAUUGUCUACCUCAACAAUGUUAAAUCUGCUUCGGUCAUGUCUCGAGUCAGCAAGAAAUCUCCAUCUGUUUGCACUGAUAUGCCACUGGACAACACUGAUAUUUGCAGCAAGCUUCAGCUGCUGAAACAGAUACUAACGUCUUGUUUUGGUCCCACAGGUAGACUGAAACAAGUUCACAACAACAUUGGAGGACACGUCGUGACCACCUCUGCCUCCUCGGUUCUUCUUUCAUCCGUUUCCUCCUCGCAGUCUUUUAUCAAUCUCAUAAAAACCUCCAUCCUCAACCACGUCUCUCGCUUCAGCGACUGCGGUUUGUUUGCAGCCAUCUUAUGCCUUUCUCUUAUUGAACAAAUCAAAAAGUCUGCUCUCAGGGAAAGCGUGGCUAUCAGAGUGAACAACUACCUGCUCGCUCUGUGUACCAGCUACCUUCAACGAGAAGACUGUGGUUGUAGAGUGAAGCUCGACUUCUGCAGCACUCAGAACUUGAUCACGUUAGCUCGCAGUGUUAUCUCCAGCAAACCCGCAUGUGUACUAACAGAGCCCGAGACGCUUCACAUUAGCAAACUGGCUGUGCAAGCUUUUUUGCUCACCGUUCCCUGCAGCAGUCCAGGUAUAGUCAGUUUUGGCAGAAUAGUGACUGUUCCUGUAGAAGGCCAUUCUGUGCUAAGCUCUGAAGUGCUUCCAGGUUUACUGGUGGAGAUGCCUGAUGGCCUGAGCGAGGAAGACAAUCUUUUAAAUCCCCUCAGUGUUGUGCUUUUCAGUGCAUCUCUUGCUGGGGACAUUUCUGAACUAGGAGAUGGAGUAAUUGAGGCCCACUCGGAUGUAGACACAGACUCACAGAUCCUGGGUCAACUUCUGGAGCUUGGCAGACAGGUGAUUAAUGAUGAAGUGAAGCUCUUCGUGUGCCAGAAGGUCAUCCACCCAGUUUUGCAGCAAUACCUGAGGAGUCAUGGUGUCAUAGUGGUAGAGAGACUGGGAAUUGCUCUUAUGGAACCACUCACUCAGCUGACAGGGGCUCAACCUGUGGCCACAUUACAUACCACAAUCCCACCCAAGACCUACGGAAAGGUGAGGGAUCUCUGUAUAAAGCACUUUGGAUCCAAGACAAUGCUGCAUUUACUCCCUCUUGGGGAGUCUGCGAUCUGCACAAUGAUCCUCUGCCACAGGAACCAGACCAUGUUAAAUGAGCUGAAGGUGGUGUGCCAGACGGCAGAACAUGUACUGAGGCUCACUCUAAGGGAACCAUUUGCCUUGGUUGGGGGUGGCUGUACUGAGACACACUUGGCUGCUUAUGUUAGACACAAGAGCAAGAGUGAGGUACCAGAGACUGCAUCAGUAUUAAUGUGCUCACAGACAGAGUACCUUCUUGGUGUGGAGCUUUUCUGCUGUGCUCUGGAGUCUGCAGCUGGAGCACUGGAGCAUGAUGGUGGCAGUUCUUUAAUUGAUCUGACUCACGCUCAUCGCUGGAUGCUCCCUGCAGAUGCCAUCAAAGAAACCAUGGAGGACAGUUUGGGCUUCUGUGGCUGCGGUCUGGUACAAAGUAGCCCAAGUAAGAAGUGGACUUAUCUAAACACUAAAUAUUCGGAUUUCUGUCCAUCGCCCGUGUUUAGAGACACUCGUGUGCAGCCACAUGUACUAGACUCCUUCACAGCUAAACUCAGCGCAUUGCAAGUUGCUAUAGAAACUGCUAAUCUUGCUCUGGAUGUUAAAUAUAUAAUUCAAGAUAUGAAUUAGCAGAACAAAUAUUUUGUGUAGUGUGGAAUUCUGGUUCGUGGGGUUUAAAAUAAGGACUGAAUGCUUCCUUUUUGGUUUCAAAUAAAAAAAACAAAGUUUA